AUGCUCCGAAGCACGCGCCGCUACUACAGCACUCCACCCACCUACUUCGGUAGCCUGGGCCCGCGGCUCGCACCUGCCACGCCUGCGGCGCCCAUGGCACCCUUCCACGCGCCGCGCGAGCCCGCGCGCAAGCCGUUCCUGGAGCUCGCAACGCUGUUCUCCGUGCUGGCGCUGUCGUUCUUUGCUGUGGACAACUACCGCGCGCGGCUCGCCGCGGAGCUGCGGCUCGAGGAGCAGGCACUCAAGGCGCGCCAGGCCCAGGAGCUCAUCGCCAAGCAGAUGAACGCGCAGCGCAAGAAGCGCGAGCUGCAGAUCCUCAAUGAGCGCAAGCUCGUGCAGACGCGCCAGAUGAAGGUGGCACUGCACGUCGCGAUGCUGCGGAAGCAGCUGCUAGACGUAGGGCUGGCGCCCGCCACCAUCGAGGACGCGCUGCAGGAGUUCGAGCGCAGCGUACGCAUGGAGAACAGCAUUAGCAACGUGAGCGGCACGCGGCUGUGGGUGACGGACGAGAGCCCGGCGAAGCAGUUCGUGCCCGACGUGCGGGAGUACGAGGCACGUGACUGA